CGGAGAAGUAAACAGAAAAAGAUGUAUGCUAGCGUCAAUUAACAUUUAAUCAUAGAUUUCAGUUGAAUUGACGUCUUAACAACGUGUAUUUAAUAACGAGGCGAUGGCAGAGGACAAUGAGCUGGAGAAGCGUGCAGUGGAGGAGCUCCUAAAGGAGACUGACAGGGCUCGAGUGAGAGCAGAGACCAUGGGCCCUGCAGGAUGGUUGAAGUGUCCCCUGCGGAGCACCAACAAGCGCUUCCUCCUCAACACCCUGCGCUCCACCGGCCUGCAGCAGCGCACCUCUGAGUCCAGAGACGGACACUCCGCCACGAGAGGGCGCCUGAGGAGCGACUCCCCGGACAGAAGCCGCAACCGCAGCAGAACGCCUCCCAGAGAUCACAGAAGUACAGGGGGCCAUGCAGACCAUAAACACCAUCACAGGGACAGCUGCAAUAACAAAGAUAAGAAGCCGGAUAGAGACAGAGAGAGGAGUUACAGACACAAAGACAACAGGGACAGGAGACAUGGAAGGGAUGGCCAGAACAGAGACAAAGACAGACUUCAUGAAUAAAGACUUCUGUCUGGCGGAGGAACACUGAUUUUACUGAGGCCACUCCCUGUUCAGGGUGCACAGAGGUGGAUACUCCUGAAACUGCUCACUGACCAGCUAACACACCUCACAGAACUGCCAGCUGACUGAGAGAACUGACCUGUGCACCUGUCUGAGAAGACGUUUGAAGUUUUUAUUCCUGAUGGUAGAUGAUGUUCAGCCAGUAGCCAAGAUUAAGCUUUUUUUUUUUUUCUGAUUUUCCACUUAAAUUGCAGUGAAUAAACUACCAAGUGGCCGUUAUAGCCCACGUAAUCAGGGUGAUUUCUCACAAAAGUUUUUAAAGCCAUUAUUGUCCUCUCCUCACACAUGACUCAUGGUCUGUUGUAAUUCUGUUUCGCAGUGAAGGAGGUUUGAUUUCAAUGAUAUGGUCAUUACCAUUCUUCUGUCAUCACUCACCCGUCAUAAUGUUUACAUAAGCCAUGCUGCUGUCGCCACACUAGGUAAGCACAUUUUAUCGCGUGUCUAACUUUUUGGACAUGUAUAUAGGCCUACCGGCUAUCACAAACUGAUUUGUUUGUCAAAGGAGAGAAAAAAAAAAAACCCUGACACUCCUUACAUGUGUCCUAGUGUACAACUAAUCUCCAGUAAUGGAUUAAUAGCAAUAAGGCUGUAAUGACAAUAACGUACAAGUGAUUAAACUCACAUGCAUAUUCCCAUGUGUUUAAGUGGGGUCACCAGGGUUUCAGGACAACAGAUGGAAAUGUGCUCAAGCGUUGAAACCUUUCGCAUCCAUUUGGCCGGUCUCCAUGUGUGUAAGCAUACACUCUUUUAUUGUUCCACACCACCAGCGUUUUAUAAAAUGGACAACUGUCA